AUGUAUCACGACACGCCUACCCUCCACUAUCGCGAAGGCUUUCCGCCGGCGAAUCCGUCAGAGCCUCCAAUCGGAUCAGCAGGAGAGGUUAACCCAGACAGAAGAGGACCUAUUGGAUCAGCUGGUGAAAUGUACCCGAAUCAGGGUGGAAUCGGAAGCGGUGUGUAUAACCAGGGAAAUGGUGGAAUGGGAUCUGGCGCAAGACCUGGUCCUCCUCCCUAUUAUGGUGGGGAAAUUGGUUCGGGAAUAGGCUCAGGAGCUAUGCCGAACUAUCCUUCCGGUGGAAUAAUAGGUUCCGCAGGAGCAGCACCAAAUUAUCCUCAAGGACCAGGUUUUGGUCCGGGGAUAGGAUCUGCAGGGGCUCCAAACUAUCCUCCACCAGGAGGUAUAGGCUCAGGAAUAGGAACUGGAGUCACUCCAAAUUAUUCUCAUGGUGGUGGCAUCGGACAUGGCGCCAAUCCUAUGAGACCGUAUCCAGAGCCUGCGCCACCACCAAUCGGCGCCACGGCGGCAUAG